AUGUCGACCCGUCAAGCGGCACUGUCGCUGUACCGGCGUUCGCUGAAGUUGGCUCUCGACUGGGCUGUUCAUCGCCACCUCUGGAGAGGCCAAGCUUUGUACAUCCGCUCGUUGUUCGAGGCCAACCGAUCUGUGACGGACUCUAGACAGAAGAGAGAACUUUUGGCUCAGACAGAGAAAUUAUUGUCGAAAUGGAAGCACCCAGAGCCCUACGUGCAUCCGACAGCACCCGGCGGUUCCAAAUUCGAGCGCAACCUCCGAGCACCUAUCCUUGACCCGCCACCCCCACUGAAAUUCUAA